CUCUGGGCUUCCCCGUGGGGCCUCCCAGGGCACCUGCCCAAGGCCACCCAGAGCGCCAGCCCAGGCAGCGCCGGUGGAGCGGAGCCGGACCUCCCAGCGGCCGAUGGGGGCGGUGACCGCCCGGGGCCUUCCCACGGUUCGGUGGCGCGUCACCGCGGGGGCGAGGGGGCGCCGGGGCGCCCCGGGCUGCGGUGCAGGAAAGGGCCCUGGGAAAGGGCGGCGUCGGCUCCCGGGCCGGGGCGGGGCUGAGGCGGGGCCCAACAACCAACUCCAGGGAUCGCAAGGCUGGGACCCAGUAGCCAGCUUUCACCAUGAAGCGGCCCAGGGCGCCCAGUGGCUCAGACGGCGAGUCUGAUGGACCCAUCGACGUGGGUCAAGAGAACGAUCUUAGCCAGAUGGCCAGGCCGCUGACUACCCCCAGCCCUUCGCAGAUGCAAGCCCGGAAGAAGCGCAGAGGGAUCAUAGAGAAACGGCGCCGAGACCGCAUCAACAGUAGCCUUUCUGAAUUGCGACGAUUGGUCCCCACUGCCUUUGAGAAACAGGGCUCCUCCAAGCUGGAGAAAGCUGAGGUCUUGCAGAUGACCGUGGAUCACUUGAAGAUGCUCCAUGCCUCUGGUGGCACAGGGUUCUUUGAUGCCCGAGCCCUGGCUGUUGACUUCCGGAGUAUUGGGUUUCGGGAAUGCCUCACUGAGGUCAUAAGAUACCUGGGGGUCCUGGAAGGACCCAGCAGCCAUGCCGACCCUGUCCGGAUUCGCCUCCUCUCCCACCUCAAGAGCUAUGCAGCAGAGAUGGAGCCCUCACCCACGACCACCGGUGCCCUGGCCUUUCCCGUGUGGCCCUGGUCCUUCCUGCAUAGCUGUCCAGGCUUGCCUUCCCUGAGCAGUCAGCUCGCCAUCCUGGGAAGAGUGCCCGGCCCUGUCCUCCCCAGCGUCUCUUCUCCCCCUUACCCUAUCUCAGCCCUGAGGUCGGCACCAGUGCACAGACCUGCUGGUACCAUCCCCCCAACCCGGCGGAAUUUGUUGCCCAGCCGAGGGGUGACUUCCACCCAGAGAGCCCAUCUUCCUGAGAGGCCAGCUGCCCCUCCACCCACAGCCCUUGAUGUCAGGGCUGCCAGGAGCAUAGUCCCAAUCCCACCAUGUUCCCCCACAACAGCCCCUGGAGCUGGGAAAUCUGAUGACAAUGUGUCUGGUUCCAUCUCCAGCCCAUGUCCUUCGGGGCCAACCGGGAGGCCCGCGGGAGCAGUGUUCUACCACUCCUGGGUCUCAGAAAUCACUGAAAUUGGGGCUUUCUGAGCUGACUCCGCACAACCAUCUCCUGGGAAUGAGGAAGGUCCUUUUUUUUGUCUCUCUCUGAAGCUCUAAAAUGGUGCCCUCUUUUCUGUUUUGUUUUCUCAAAUGGCAUCUAUGCAAAGACACCUCUCCUCACCCGUCAGAGCCUCACCCCCCCCCCUCACCCUCCUCACCACUGAUGCUGACAGCCACCUGGCUUCUCUGUAGCCUUAUGAGAGCUCAGAGCCUUAGUCUCCUUUCCCACUGGCGCAGAUGAGUUACACGGUGCCUGGUGAGCCCCCAGGUACUGUGGACCCAGUAUACACAUGGACCUUGGGUCUGGGUUGAAGCUUUAACUUCAAGGAUUCCAUGGCCAGAGCCAUGAAGAGGUGAGACACACCGCCCCCCACUUAGUCGGGAUGACUGGUGGGACUCAGCCAUCCCAAGCCAACAGGAUGGAAUGUACCGUCUGCAUCACUCCCUGAAGACGAAAGCGAAGCAGGGGCUACUGGGAAGUCUCUGUGGCUCACCCCAUAACAGUGAAACACAGAACAGAUCUGUUCUCCAGUCCAUCUAAGGCUACAACCCUUCCCACUGGGUUCCCAGGUUGGAGGACCAGCGGCCCCAUGGUGGCACCUCCCAAAGAGUCAUUCCCUUGGGAUUCAGCACCAGACAUACGAGCUGCCUGGUUUGCAUCCGGCUCCCAGAGCCCAGACUGCUGCCACAGCCAAGGGCUGUCAGGCUGGAUAAAAAUAACUUGGAGGAGGGGGAGAACCAUCAGAGGCGGCUCUUCAAGGUCAUGGAGUGGGUUGAGGGCCUGAGAGCCUGCUCACCCAGAUUUCACACAGCUGGCUCUGCUCAGAGGACUGCCUCAGGCCUCUGGCUUCUAGUGGGAAUAAAUGGCCAGUGGAACAACAGAGAAUGAUCCAACCUUUAGGGCUGUCCUGUCAGCGGACAAAGUGUGGAAACACUUUUGCCCUCUUUGGUGAACACCUGCUCCCCACAAUUCCCCCCAGGACCACCCAGCAUGCCCUCUGGAAGCACCCUGGCUAAUCCCUGGCAAAGCCAAGACUGUGGGAAACUAGAACUGGUUACUCACUACUGCUGGGACCGUGCUGAUCAUGAGAUACCUUUGAGGUCACCCUGGAAAGGUCUCCCCCUGCCCUCCCGCAAACCCCAUCCCCAGACUUUGUUGGAACCAUGGUCCCCAGGGCUGUUGUAAGGAGCCUGUGGGCACAAGAUUAGAGUUUGCAAAAAGCCGUGGAGCAAAAGAGUCAUUUCAGAAAAGUGGGACAGAGGGCAGAGGUCACCUGAGUGACCCAGAAAGUGCUUGUGAAUAGGUCAAGAAGCGAUAAAGACUCCCUUUACUCUCUAAUGAAAGGAAGCUCUUUUAAUAUCGCUGCCAUGUUGGACCUAUCUGAGCGCAUCACUGUAGUGUGCAUCACCAGCCUACUGAGGGAGACAGACACAGGGACAGAAAGACGCUCCUGCAGGCUCCUGCAAGUGGGGAGAGGAGGCGAUAGAAGUCCCCGGAUAUUCGGGUCUCCGUGCAGGCCUGUAGUUUGGCAACCUCCUAGCCAGAGAUUCCGUGUCUGCUCACAGCUUCACUGUGGGAAACAUUUCCAUGUUGCAGGUACUCGAACUGCAGAACAGUCUCUUGACACUGUGGGGACAUGGCAGAAGUGGCUGAACCCUUUGAGCAUCCAUCCUGAUUGGUCUUGGGUUCGUUCUCCCAGGAGACUGAGAGGGCCACCCCACCCCCACCCAGCUGAGAACUCAAGUUCCCUGUUUUUAGUCUCAGACAGAAAUUUCUGGUGACCCCGGCAGUCUCAUUCCACUCCAUGGUGUUGCAGACAAACAAUAAAGAUGUUUAGUUCUGGACACUUCCGCCAGACUUUACGUCCUAAGUAUUUUUGGAGUCUCUGAACCUAUAGCCCUGGCCUCUCCCCUACAUUAUCCCCAGCUUUCUUGCUUCUCUCUGGCUGUGCCAUCAGUUCUGAACAGCCACUGGAGAGAAUGUGGCAUGUGCAGGGCACAUCACAUCAACCCAACCUCAGACACCCCCCCCCCCAUACACACACCCUGCUAUUCUAGUGAUAAAAAUCGGAACACUUUUUACAAUCCA